CAUUAACAUAAAUAUCUUGCAGUGUUGCACCACCCCACAUUAAUACUGAGUUCAACCCCAUUUGAGCACAUAUCACACACCCUUGAUCAGUUUCCAUGGACAAAAACAAUAGCAAUAAUUCAAGCUCUUCUAGUGUGUGCACGAAAAUCCGUCAAGCACUUACAAGCAAUCCUGCUUUUCGAGCCGUUCAACGCAUCACUAGCUUUAACCAACAAGAACCUACUAAUAAACCCUUCACCAAAGGUCCAAAUUCUCAAUCAUCCAUCACUAAUAUUAUUAUCCAAAACAAACCACAUCAUCCACAUCAUAAGGCUCACACAGAAGGAUCAGGAUCAGGAUCAAUCCCCAUAAAGUUUGAUAAUGGAAACUACUCAGCAGUCUCAAGUACUGUAGCAAAUGGUAAACAACAUGUUCCCAUGCAGCAAGGGAAACAACAAGAAGGUAAUAAUAAGAAACAAAUGGAUAUCAAUGACCAUUUCAAAGAUUUCAUUCAAAAUACAAGGGAGAAGAUGAUGAGAAGCGUCACAAACAUUGGUUGGACUCAUCAGAGCAACCAUGCGGCUGCACCUGAACAUGGUGAGGCUCAGAACAAGAACGAAAGCCAUUUUUCUGAGUUUAUUCAGCGUGCUAGGAAGAAGCUCAGAACUACAACAACUGUUAGAAAGAAUAAUAAUUAGUCCAAGAAAGAGUAAGACUCGCCACAAAUUAAGAAAGGUUAAUUAUUAGUAUUGAUGUUUGUUGGUUUGGUGUUGGAAAAGUGUUGUGCAUCUAAUCUAGGUUAUUGUUCAGUGGGGAUAAAAAUAAAGGCCAUAUCCCUUACCAGGGUAUGCAGCCAUAAUAUUUCUUAUAUUUCUACCUAAUAUUAUAUGUUGAUGUCUUAAUAUUGAUCUAUAUUUCGGUUUUCA